UGUAUAUGUCACAGUGUGCUUCCGGUAUAAAGUGUGUGUUGACCAGCCUUCAGCCCUUUUCUCCUGGCUUUCUGGAAGAGCAGCCACAGGCUCAGUGUUCCUGCUUUUUUGUUACCUCGUCUGCCUUCCUUCUCUCUUGCGGCGUCACUCGAACAUCCAAACCCGGUGGACAUGGCAUCUGUUUCGGCUCCAUCCCAGACAACCUCGGCUGCCUCUGCACCUCUCCAGAGGGGGAUAGUUAAGAUGGUGCUUUCGGGCUGCGCCAUCAUCGUCCGGGGUCAGCCUCGAGGUGGUCCGCCCCCGGAGCGUCAGAUCAAUCUCAGUAACAUCCGCGCGGGCGCCAUGGCGAGGCGAGCAGCUCAGAGCCAGCCGGACACCAAGGACACCCCCGAUGAGCCAUGGGCCUUUCAAGCCAGAGAGUUCCUCAGGAAGAAGCUGAUUGGCAAAGAGGUGUGUUUCACCGUGGAGAUCAAGACCGCCCUGGGCCGGGAGUAUGGCAUGGUCUACCUGGGGAAAGAUAUGGGCGGCGAGAACAUUGCUGAGUCUCUGGUAAACGAGGGCCUCGCCACAGUGCGCAGGGAAGGAAUCAGAGGGAAUAAUCCUGAUCAGGUCCGACUAUGCGAGAUGGAGGACCAAGCCAAGUCUUCCAAGAAGGGCAUGUGGAGCGAAGGCGGCGGCGCGCAAACCGUCCGCGACAUCAAGUACACCAUCGAGAGCCCCCGCAACUUUGUUGACUCCUUGCACCAGAAGCCCAUCAACGCCAUCAUUGAGCACGUGCGUGACGGCAGCGUGGUCCGUGCCCUGCUGCUGCCCGACUACUACCUGGUCACCGUCAUGCUGUCUGGAGUCAAGUGUCCCACGUUCAAGCGAGAAGCAGAUGGCACGGAGACGCCGGAGCCGUUUGCGGCCGAGGCGAAGUUCUUCACAGAGUCCCGUCUGCUGCAGAGAGACGUGCAGAUCAUUCUGGAGAGCUGCCCGAACCAGGUCAUACUGGGAACCAUCCUGCACCCGAACGGCAACAUAACGGAGCUCCUGCUGAAGGAAGGCUUCGCUCGCUGUGUGGACUGGUCCAUGGCCGUCUACACGCAGGGAGCUGAGAAACUCAGAGCUGCGGAACGUUCUGCUAAAGAGCGUAAAGUGCGCAUCUGGAAGGACUACGUUGCACCCACAGCCAAUUUGGACCAGAAGGACAGACAAUUUGUAGCCAAGGUGAUGCAGGUGGUGAACGCAGACGCCAUGGUGGUCAAGAUGAACUCCGGCGAGUACAAAACCAUACACCUGUCCAGCAUCCGGCCCCCCAGGAUCGAAGGAGAGGAGAAGAACAAGGACAAGGACAAGCGAUUCCGUCCGCUCUACGACAUCCCUUACAUGUUCGAGGCCCGCGAGUUCCUCAGGAAGAAGCUCAUCGGGAAAAAGGUCAAUGUGACGGUGGACUACAUCAGAGCGGCCAGCGGUCCCAGUGAAAGCACCCCCGCCUUCUCGGAACGCACCUGUGCUACCGUCACCAUUGGUGGCAUUAACAUAGCGGAGGCUCUGGUCAGCAAAGGCUUGGCUACAGUCAUCAGGUACCGACAGGACGACGACCAGCGCUCCUCCCACUACGACGAGCUCCUCGCUGCAGAAGCGCGGGCCAUCAAGAAUGGGAAAGGGCUGCACAGCAAGAAGGAGGUCCCCAUCCACAGAGUGGCAGACAUCUCUGGGGAGACGCAGAAAGCCAAGCAGUUCCUGCCCUUCCUGCAGAGGGCCGGCCGCUCGGAAGCCAUCGUCGAGUACGUCUUCAGCGGCUCCCGCCUCAAGCUCUACAUGCCCAAAGAGACCUGCCUCAUCACCUUCCUGCUUGCCGGUAUUGAAUGUCCGCGCAGUUCCAGGAAUACGCCCGGAGGAAUGCAGGUAGCCGAGCCUUUCAGCGACGAGGCCACGCUGUUCACCAAAGAGCUGGUGCUGCAAAGAGAGGUGGAGGUGGAAGUGGAGAGCAUGGACAAAGCCGGCAACUUCAUCGGCUGGCUGCACAUCGAGGGCGUGAACCUGUCUGUGGCGCUGGUGGAGAACGCUCUGUCCAAGGUCCACUUUACGGCCGAGCGCAGCAGCUACUACAAAACGCUGGUGUCGGCGGAGGAGGGGUGCCGGCAGAGAAAGGAGAAGGUGUGGGCCAACUACGAGGAUAAACCCAAGGAGGAGGUGGUGCACGUGUCUGAGGAGAAGGAGCGCGUGGCCAAAUACAAGCCAGUGUACGUGACGGAGAUCACUGACACGCUGCACUUCUACACCCAGGACGUGGAGACCGGAGGUCAGCUGGAGAGUCUGAUGGAGACCAUGAGGGCGGAGAUCGCCACCCAGCCCCCCGUGGAAGGAUCCUACGCCGCACGCCGGGGCGACUACUGCAUAGCCAAGUUUGCUGAUGAUGAAUGGUACAGAGCCCGAGUAGAGAAAGUGGAGUCGCCGGCGAAAGUCCACGUCUUCUACAUCGACUAUGGCAACAGAGAAACUGUGUCAUCCACCCGUCUGGCUGCCAUCCCGCCCGCCUUCAGCAUCAGAACCCUGCCAGCACAGGCCACAGAGUACACCUUCGCCUACAUCCAGGUCCCACAAGACGAGGACGCCCGCGCCGACGUUGUGGACUGUGUGGUGCGCGACAUCCACAACAGCCAGUGCCUGCUCAACGUGGAGUACUCUGGCGCCACCUGCCCGCACGUCACAAUCCAGUUUGGCGACACCAAGGACGACGUGGGCCUGGGGCUGGUCAAGGAGGGCCUGGUGAUGGUGGACGUGCGCAAGGAGAAGCACCUGCAGAAGAUGGUGACGGAGUACCUGAACAGUCAAGAAUCAGCCAAGAGUGCCAGGCUCAACAUUUGGCGCUAUGGAGACUUCCGCGCCGACGACGCAGACGAAUUUGGCUACAGGCGCUAACGAGCGGGAUUGAAUUUUAAGGCAAAACAAAACAAGCAAAGAAAAAAACGACCAUCCACAAUCAACGCCAUUCCAAAGACCACCGUGGACGUGGGGGGGGGACUCACUCUUUCCUUUUUAAAUUGAUGUUGCAAACAUGUUUAAAAACAGCAAGAAAAAAAGCAUGCUAGCUAGCCUGCCAAUCAUGUCUACUUGUGGCCGUCUUCCCCUCGAGAUAGCAGGCCAGCUGUUACUACUCAUCAUGUGAUGCUUUCGGCCAAUCGUCUCCUCCCAUCACUGCUUUUUCUUCAGGAAAGGACCGAGGAAUGCUUGCAGAAAAACAAGAAAACAAAUACAGUUCCAUGCAAAUGUGAGGAGGGUCAAUGGAUUUCUAGCAGAGAUAAAGACAACAAAAAAGGUUCUUUUUUGUCUUGGGUGUAAAUGUGUGGGAUUUUUUUCGUGUUUUGUCGUCGAGUCGCACACUUUUAUGAGCGCUAAAGCACGGAAGAAGAAGGUGUUUUUAUCAUCUCUAUCUGUAAAGUUUACAUUCUCUACACCGACGUCUUUUCUGUCCCCUCAAUCAAGGACCUCUCGAUUCUAUUCCAAAUCUCAAUAAAAAAACAAAGUGCACACGUUUUCCUCUCCCUUAUUUCACGAAGAGCAGAGGGAUGUUGUGUUAUUGGCUGUGUUUUAUUGCUGUUGUCUUUUUGCCAUGUAAAUCCACUGCAGCGUCAACGCUCAACAAUCUUUACAGCUCCAAAAAAACAAAAACCAAAACCCCCAACACGCCGUGCAGCGGCACUCGUAAACAUUUAACACGAGUCGCCUUAUAAAUAAAAAUAAAUGCGGCGUUUCACGUGAAAGGAGUGUUGAGCGUAGAUCACGUACGCUUUCAUGUCGAGCGCGUCGCUUUAACGGCACAA